CGCCAAAACCACCCGCAAACCUUCGCCGACGUGAAAUGGCUUGGAGAGGCUCGAUCUCCAGGUCGCUUCUCGCCGCCGCGCGAUCCUCACCUCCGCGACGGCCGUCGAUUCCUUUUCGCCUCUUCCCUCCUUCCCCUUCUGUCCCUCGCCGCCGACUCUCCUCUGCUCCCUCACGGUACUUUCUUACCCCUGUAACUUUCAUCUCCGCUGAUCCCUUCCGCUCUCUCAAUUUGUGUCCACGCAGGUCUUUGGGGGAACUAGGAUGCGUGCAGCUUCUUAUUCCGCUGCGGGUGGUGGCGAUUUCUCCCUGCCUCACCUCCCAUCUGUCGGCCAGCGUGAGAGCCUGCUGUGAGCUUUCUCAGGGGACGUGAAGGAAUCAGGGCUUAUCACCGAGUUGCUAAAAGCUUCACUGGAUUUUCCAUACCUAUGGUAAGGAAAACUCUUCACUUGCUGUUAAGUAUCUGUAAGAGUAGUAGAAACUUUUGGUGGUCUCCUUUGAUCGAUGUUUGAAUCUCCCAAGGUUUAUGAUUUGUGGAACCGAUAUGAAAUUGCCCGUGAUAACCCUCCAGUGAGAAAUUGUGAACAUGAGAGAAAAAUUGCAGUUGUCACUGGAUAUUUCACUUGUCUUCCGAAAUGCUUGCUCAUUUUUGUUUGGUCUGACAUCAUAUUGUGGAUUGUAUUUUAGUGUUCUACAAUAUCUGUUGUCGAGAAGAACUUCCAAAGUCGCA